AUGAAGACCCUCUUGCUGAUUUUGAUAACUGGGCUGGUGGCAGUAUGUGCUGACAAGUGCACAGAGAAAUGUGCCAAGUGUGAAGUGGUAGAGCGGUCAGAGUGUUUAGCAGGAAUGGAGAAGGAUGCUGAGUGCGGCUGUUGCGAUGUUUGCUCCAGAUUUGAAGGCCAAAAAUGUGACCGAAAAGGAGCAGCAUACAAGCAUGGUCAGUGCGGUGAUGGUCUAGAGUGCAAGUCCACUACUGGUGGCAACAUCUGUCAGUGUGCCUGGGAAGAAAUCAUCUGUGGUUCAGAUGGUGUUACAUACACCAACUUGUGUCAUAUGAUGGCUACAGCUGUCAGAGAAAACAGAAGAGAUAUGAUUGAAGUGAAGUCAGUGGGGCCUUGUGAUCCAGGUGCACAAAUUGUGUCUAAACCUGAGUAUGUUCGCAACAGCACAAACAACAAUGUUGUUUUGUCUUGUGAGGCUAUUGGUUUCCCUACUCCAUCUAUUCACUGGAUUGUUACAAAAGCAAACAACAAAACAUUUGCUUUGCCAGGUGAUGACAACCAUAUUGUUUCAUCCACAAGAGGCGGUCCAGGAAAGUACCAGGUGACUGGGUGGCUGCAGAUUGAACAUCUGCUGAAGCGCCAUGAAGGUGAUUACACCUGUAUAGCUGCUAAUGAACACAAGGAAGACAGGGCCAAGGCGAGGAUUAAAGUUGUUAACUGA